AUGCGGCAUAACGCCUUGCUCUUUCACUCUCCACACGCUAGCUCUGCUCUCCUCUACCCACAGCCUCUCCCACUGCCGGCAGUGCGACCUUCCAAACGCAUCCUGUCCUCCGUUCAGACCCAUCGCGACUCGACUCAACGGGCGGUGCGACCCGUCGUCGACACAGCGCUAGGUGCACCUGCCUCUCACAAAGGCCAUCGAGAUUGCUCUCGUUUCGCCCCGGCCAGUUCCAGCCCCCAGCCCACUGCCCCAGCCUCUCAGCGCGCCCGUGCCGGGGAUGAUGAUGUUUUUUUCUUACCGUCGGUUGCUGGACCCUGA